AUGGCGCUUUCCACGUCCUACAAUGGCAUAAACUCUGGAAUCCAAGUUGCCCAAAACUGUGCUUCUAUCACUGCAAACUUCUUUCAACAAGAAUCGUCUGUGAAUCAAGCAUGCCUUCGGGAUUUGCGUACGACCAAUCCUUGCGAUGAUAAAAACCGUAUUCAGAACACCAACGGGGGGCUGCUUAAAGACUCAUAUCGAUGGAUCUUAGACAACGAGGAAUUCAAACAGUGGCAAAACAACCAAGGUAGUCGUCUUCUCUGGAUUAGAGGUGAUCCCGGCAAAGGCAAGACAAUGCUCCUAUGUGGUAUCAUCGAUGAGUUGACACAAUUGCAUGGCAACACUGGGAAUGUCUCAUUCUUUUUCUGCCAAGCCACCGAUGUGCGAAUUAAUAGCGCCACUUCCGUCUUACGUGGUUUGAUAUAUUUACUCGUUCAAAAGAACCCAUCCCUUCUCUCCCAUGUGCGGACUCGGUAUGACCAAGCGGGGAAGGCCCUAUUUGAGGACACUAAUGCUUGGAGUGCGCUCUCGACUAUCUUUACGGAUAUUCUGAAAGACUCGUCCUUAGGCGGUGCCUUUCUCAUCAUUGACGCCUUGGAUGAGUGCACAGAUAGUCUUCGCUCCCUUAUAGACUUGAUCGUCCAAGAGUCAUCUGUCCACCCCCAGAUAAAGUGGAUUGUCUCUAGCCGUAAUUGGCCUGAAAUCAUUGAGCGUCUUGAUAUUGGAAGCUAUGUAGCUCCGAUUUCCUUGGAGCUAAACGAUACAUAUGUGUCCGAAUCCGUGAAUAUAUUCAUCGAGCAUAAGGUCAACUCUUUAGCCCAGGUCAAAAAGUACAAAGACGAGAUUCGUGAGAUGAUCUGCCGUCACUUAUUGUCAAACUCGCAAGGCACUUUCCUUUGGGUAGCUUUGGUCUGUCAAAACCUUGGUAGGACACCGACGAGGCACGCCAUUAAGAAGCUAGAAGAAUUCCCUCCUGGAUUGAACGAUCUUUACGGCCGAAUGAUUGAUCAGGUUAGCCAGUCGGAAGACGCCGAAUUUUGCAAACAGAUACUAGCUAUCAUGUCAACAGUCUAUCGACCUAUCACGAUUAGCGAACUGUCUUCACUUAUUGAAGUGCCAGAUUAUGACUACGAUGACGAAGCCCUCUCAGAGAUUAUCACAGUUUGUGGCUCAUUUUUGACAUUACGAGAAAAUACUAUUACAUUUGUUCAUCAGUCUGCCAAGGAUUUUCUACUUCAGGAAGCUCUAAAUGAGAUAUUUCCUAGUGGUAUAGGAGCUGAGCAUCACAUGAUUUUCUCCCAUUGUCUUGAAGUGAUGUUCAAAACGCUUCGACGUGAUAUCUUUGACAUCAAGUUACCUGGGCUCUCAAUCAAGGAUGCGAGACAGCCCAGCCCAAAUCCACUAGCAGCGGCAGAGUACGCAUGUGUCUAUUGGAUAGACCAUCUUCAAGAUAGCGAACGCAAUAAGUCUUAUGACCUGAGCCUUAAUGAGAGCGGUCGCGUGGAUACGUUUCUACAGCAGAAAUUACUCCACUGGCUCGAGGCCCUUAGUAUUUUAGGGAAAGUUUCAACUGGUAUCCAAGGGAUGGAAAAGCUGGAGAUGUUAAUUCAGGAAAACUCAAACUCACAAGCUAUAUUCCUUCGGUCUCAAGACGCCUCUAGGUUCAUUCGAUAUUUCAGGAUUGCAAUUGAAAGCAGUCCUCUACAAGUGUAUUGUUCGCCUCUCAUGUUCAGCCCAACGCAAAGUCUCACAAGAAAAUGUUUUCAGAAACAGAGACCAGACUGGGUUUUAAAAGCUCCACUAGUUGAGGAAAGUUGGAGUCUCUGUCUGCACACUCUCGAGGGACAUACCUAUGGGGUCAGCUCGAUUGCCUGGUCGCCUGAUGGCAAUCGACUCGCAUCAGCAUCCUGGGAUAAGACAGUCAUGGUCUGGGAUCCGGCUACCGGUAUUUGCGCGUUAACCCUUAGGGGGCAUAGUCACUACGUCGAUUCGAUUGCGUGGUCGCAAGAUGGAAAUCAACUCGCAUCAGCAUCCAUGGAUGAAACAGUUAGGAUCUGGGAUUCCGCCACCGGCCAGUGUGUAUUAAUCCUUAAGGGGCAUAGCGAUUCAGUGUGCUCAAUUGCGUGGUCGCCUAAUGGAAGCCGACUCGCAUCAGCAUCUAGGGAUAAGACAGUUAAGAUCUGGGAUCCGUCCACUGGCCAAUGCCUAUCGACCCUUGAGGGACAUAGCGACUUGGUUGAGCCAAUUGCCUGGUCGCCCGAUGGAAGCCGACUCGCAUCAGCGUCAGAUGAUACUACAACUAGAAUCUGGGAUCCGGCCUCCCACCAGUGUACCUUCCUCCUUGAAGGGCAUAGCGAGCCGGUUCGUUCGAUUAUGUGGUCGCAAAAUGGGAGCCAACUGGCCUCAGCAUCCUGGGAUCAAACGAUUAGGAUCUGGGAUCCGGCUACUGGCCAAUGCCUAUCGACCCUUGAGGGGCAUAACGACUCGGUUCUUUCGAUUACGUGGUCACCCAAUGGAAGCCAACUCGCAUCAGCGUCAGGUGAUAAGACAGUUAGGAUCUGGGAUUCCACCACCGGCCAGUGUGUAUUAAUCCUUAAGGGGCAUGGCGAACAAGUAUGCUCAAUUGCAUGGUCACCCAAUGGAAGCCAACUCGCAUCAGCGUCUGGUGAUACGACAGUCAGAAUCUGGGAUCGGUCCACCGGUCAAUGUAUAUCAACCCUUAGGGGACAUAGUCACGCUGUCGAAUUAAUCAGGUGGUCGCACGGUGGAAGUCGACUCGCGUCAGCGUCAGUUGAUAGUACUAUCAAAAUCUGGGAUCCGGCCACUCGCCAAUACAUGUUGACCCCUACGGGACACACUGACUCAGUGUUUUCGAUUGCGUGGUCGCAAGACGGAAGCCGACUCGCAUCAGCGUCCAAGGAUGAGACAGUUAGGAUCUGGAAUCCGGCCACUGGCCAAUGCACGUCAACCCUUAGGGGGGCAUAG